CCGCUGACGAGAAAGGACUUUCGAACCUUUGGCGGUUGAUUGGGAUUUGUUUGGUGCUUGCCUGUAGCCAGCUAGGUUGGAUGUAAAUAACUUUUAAAAACUUGGCAAGUGAGCUGACGCAUUAACAUGGAUUCAACUAUGUCGAAUCUUCUUGUUGGGCUAUCAGUCAACAUCCAACGAAGCGACGGGCGAGUGCAUCCUGCAAACGUCAAAUCUGUGGAUUCCACAAAGAGAACUGUGAUGGUUGAAUGGUUUGAGAAAUCUGUAUGCAGGGGAAAAGAGCUCGAAAUGAAUGAAUUAUGGCCCCUGAACGAAGCACUUUUUGAGCACAUGAAACCAACUAGUACACCUGCUCCUCCAGAGAAGAAAUAUGAAAGCCGUCUCCGUUCAUCCAGGAUCCCUGCUCCUUCCAUUCCUUCUGCUCCAGCGGGUCCUCCUGAGGAGACAGUUCCACUUCCAAGAAAGUCUACACGGCAGACAUGCUUGUUCCAGACCCCUGCUCCUGUCUCUGAGCCUGCUUCUAAGACUAAGCAUGACUCCCUGUCUUCAGAGUAUCCUCCCUCUGUCCUCAAAGCUUCAGGUGUGCCCAACCGAGAGGGGAAGAGGAACAAUCAGAGACAGACUGCUGUCCUGCCUCCAGUCAACGAGGACCUAAAGGAGAAUGAGGCCAAGAGUGUCUCCUCAGUCACCUCAAACAGACGGAGAUCAGUGCUACCCCAAGACAUGAGCAAACCAGUGUACAAAAGAUUGUCCCAUGCAGUCAAGAGCUCUGACAUGGUGCCCAAGAAAGGAAAAUUUGAAGACUCAAACCGACCGAACAAGCAGUUUUACCAGAUGAUUGAAGAGUUCAGAGAGACCUUGGAAGUACUUCCUUUAUCUCCAUCUGAUACGGUUGAAGCUCAUAGAAUCUGUGUGUGCGUUCGCAAGCGUCCUCUCAACAAUAAAGAGGUGACUAAGAAAGAGAUUGAUGUGGUGUCUAUCCCUGGUAAUGGAACGAUGCUCCUUCAUGAGGCCAAGCAGAAAGUGGAUCUGACAAAGUACCUUGACAACCAGGUCUUCCAUUUUGACUACUCCUUUGACGAGUCAUCCACCAAUGACUUAGUGUACAGGUUCACUGCCAAGCCUCUUGUCCAGACCAUCUUUGACGGAGGGAUGGCAACUUGUUUUGCUUACGGACAAACUGGAAGUGGUAAAACUCACACAAUGGGAGGAGAUUUUUCAGGGAAGAGCCAGAACAGCGCCAAAGGGAUCUAUGCCAUGGCAGCUCAGGAUGUGUUCGCCCUCCUGAAGCAGAGGAGAUAUUCCAGUCUGGACCUGUGUCCCUAUGUGACCUUCUUUGAGAUCUACAACAGCAUGGUAUUUGAUUUGCUGAACAAGAAGGCCAAGCUGAGAGUGCUAGAGGAUGAGAAACAACAGGUCCAGGUGGUCGGCCUGCAGGAGAUGUACGUGUCGUGUGCUGAAGACGUCAUCAAGAUGAUUGAGAUGGGCAGUGCAUGCAGGACUUCUGGCCAGACAUCAGCCAACGCCAACUCGUCUCGCUCCCACGCCAUCCUGCAGGUGAUCCUGCGGAGGAGGAAGCAGGUGCACGGGAAGUUCUCCCUGGUGGACCUGGCGGGGAACGAGAGGGGUAUUGACGUUCGCAGCAGUGACAGACAGACCCUCGUAGAGACGGCCGAGAUCAACCGCAGCCUGCUCGCUCUCAAGGAAUGCAUUCGCUCCUUGGGGAUGGACAGCCACCACAUCCCCUUCAGGAUGAGCAAGCUGACACAGGUGCUCCGAGACUCCUUCAUCGGAGAGAACUCCAGGACAUGCAUGAUUGCAAUGGUGUCUCCUGGAAUGUCCUCAUGCGAUUCCACUGUAAACACACUACGCUAUGCAGCCAGAGUGAAGGAGCUGAACGGGACGUCAAAGGUGAAUGAUGCUGAUCUUCCCAAGAAGAUUGAGAUGGAAGUUGAGGACAGCUCUUCAUCAGAAGAGGACUCCAUUGUGCCCAUGACCGAUGUGUACGAGGCCAUAUCCCAGGUGUACGAGGCCAUAUCCCAGGUUUCUGAGCUGGAGGAAAGGGUACACGAGGAGUUGAUGGGAGCCAGUAAUAUUCUCAAGCCAAUGGAGAUGCCAUCAUAUGACAUUGAGGCUGGGGUGACAGAUAUUGUGGACUAUGCAAGAAAAUUACUGGACACAGUCCUGGCAUUGCAGUCUGCCAUUGAUGGAGAGCGACUGGCAAGGAUGUCACCCAAAUCAGGUUAUUGCUGAGAGGGACAGCCACUCAACUUGUUCACUUGGACAUAUUUUUCUAAUAAGUUUCAUGGAGUUGUUUUCUCAUGCAAUAACUAUUAACCAUUGUGCAAGGGUUCAAUUGGGCAUAAAUUCCCUUCCGCUAACUUUAAUUAAUGGUAAAUGAAAGAAAACAGCCUCUCACUACAUACCAUAAAUGUCCAUGAAAGUAUGUUAACAAUUCAUGUUUUAAAUUGAUUUGUAUUCAAACUGGAGAUUUGUCCAACAUUUAAAUGAUUUAUGAAUAUAAUAAAGGUCUUUACCGGUA